AUGGAAAAGAUUGUAAAAGGUGCUACAAAGAUAAAAUUGGCUGCUCCCAAGUCCAAGUACAUUGAGCCAAUUCUGUCAGCCACCAGUGGCGGCGAGGCUGGUGUUGGAGAGGUGUUUCGAACUCUACAACUGCGUCUCCGAGAUUCGACAUGGACCAUUGUGUUCAAAGCGUUGAUAGUGGUCCAUCUGAUGAUCCGAGAGGGUCGGCCAGAUGUGACGCUGAAGUAUCUUGCUCAGUCGCCCAAGAGCCUAGCCAUCAGCCACUUUGCCGAAGUUCAAACCCAGGGCCAAAACAUCAGACAUUAUUAUGAAUAUCUCAUGGAGAGAGUGCGGGCCUAUCGCGACACCAAAACCGACUUUGUCCGAGACGGGGUGGGCAAAAUGCGACAGUUGACUGUCGACAAAGGGCUGUUGAGACAGACUGAGAUAGUCCAGGACCAAAUCCAAGCAUUGGUGCGAUGUGAUUUGCUGGGGAAUCAAGAUCCCGACAAUGAGAUUUCACUGACCGCUUUCCGCCUUUUGACUUUGGACUUGUUGGAGUUGUAUAAGGCCAUGAACGAGGGUACUAUCAACGUCCUAGAACACUAUUUUGAAAUGUCCCGGCCUGAUGCCGAGCGUGCAUUGGAAAUCUACAAAACAUUUUCGAGACAGACCGACGAGGUGGUCAAGUACUUGGGUGUUGCACGGCUAUACGAGAUGUCUACGCGCCUGGAGGUCCCGAAGCUGAAGCACGCGCCAACAACAUUGACGGCUUCCUUGGAAGAGUACCUCAAUGACCCGGAUUUCGAGAUCAAUCGAAGACAAUAUCUUGCGCAACAAGAAGCAAAGAAGAAUGGAAAGCCCCUGACUUCGGGGGCAUCUUCAAUUCCCUUGCACAAGCCGGCUGCCCAGCAGGCCCCCACAGCUGCCCAUACGCAGACAACACAGGCUCCCUCGAAAGGCCCAGCUCCUGAUCUCAUUGACUUUUUCGAGUCAAUCGAACAGAAUCAACAGCCAAUGGCGCAAUACAGCAACACCCAGCAGCAGCAAUAUCAAACCGGAAUGCCACAAGUCCAGCCGUACCAGCAGAUGCAAUUACCUCAACAGACAGGGUACAAUCCCUUCCUGCAACAACAGCAACAGCUCACAAAUUUUCCGACCCAGACCGCACAGCAACCUCCGGCUCUACAGACUGACUAUACUGGGGCAGGGUUUGGAGGAUACGGACCACAACCGCAGCAGCAGCAACCACAGGUGCAAGGGUUUCAGUACCAGUCUGCGCUUCCGCCAAUCCCACAGAACGGAAUGGUCGACUUCCAAUCACAAGCUGCUCCGACGACUCAGCAAAUGGCAAUCCAGCCCCAGCACACGUCCACCAAUCCGUUUCGACAAUCAAUGGCGCCCACGUCCACUGGAGCAGCAGCACCACAGCUAUCUCCAGUCAGUUCGGGUACCGCAUCACGACAGUCUACAAACCCGUUUGCGAAGCACAAUACGGGAGCUGUUGCGAAUAACGGGCCACCGUCGACCAUGGGCUACGAUCAGACGUAUUCUCCUAGCCAGAUUUCACCGCCGCAAACCUUCAGUCCGAGUUCACCAUUCGUCAGUUCCACCCCAACAACUCUUCAGCCGCAACGCACAGGAACCAAUCCCUUUGCGAAGAAUCGGACAACCCCGAACCCCAGCCCUGCUGUCGGUGCGGUGACGACCAAUGUCACUGGGAGCACGAAUCCGUUCCGGCAGAGUGCGUUUGUUAACCAGCAAACAGGCCAGGGUUGGCAGCACAGUGCUCAGGGGACACUUUCGGGAUUCAAUAUCAAUAAUGUAGACACGACGCCGGUUUUUCCUAGGCCGGGACAGGGAUGA